GCGUGUGUGUGCGUGUUGCCUAGUCCUCAUCUAGGUUCAGUUUUUUGAGUUUUGGGAGUGGGAGACUCCCCGACCACCCUUUUCAAUGAUUCUAACAGGCAGAGGGGAAAGCGGAGCUCCAGACGAGGAAUAUAUUCUGGUCCCAGAUCAGACAGGGGGGAGGGGGGGACUGGAUAGUCUUUUCUGCCCCAUUUCUUCGGAACAGCUCCUGCAUAGGGGGAGGUGGGUGAGCUUGCAUGGCAAAGACUGAGCAGGAAAUCAGAAAGGAUUAGCAAGGAACAGAUGCAAAAGAUUAUGCCUGCAUUCCCAUUAUGGGCUGGAUGACACUGUUGGAAGAAACAUCCUUCUGGGUUCUGCUCCAAGUGGGGAAAAAGACACUGGAAACAUGGAGACUGCUUGGAAAGAUGGUUUAAUGGUGGACAGGAUCACAUGGCUUGCGUUCCUGAACAGAAAAAGGGCAGAUACAGACAGAGAAAGAACGGCAAUCCUUCCUUUAGCAAGUGGGAGAACUGGAAAAGGCCCUUCCGGUGCCGAGUCUGGAAUCCACGGGGAGAUCUGGGCAAGAACUGGGCAGAAGAUGCUGGAAGAAGGAACCAUCGUUUCACAAGUUCACGCCUGGAACUUCAGGAGCGUCCAAUAUCAGGAGGAUGAAGGUCCCCGAGGUCUUUGCAGCCAACUCCACUACUUUUGUAGUCGAUGGUUGAGACCAGAAAAGCACACAAAAGCACAGAUGCUGGACCUGGUGGUUCUGGAGCAGUUCCUGGCCCUUCUGCCCCUGCAGAUGGAGAGCUGGGUGCGGGAGUGUGGAGCAGAGACCAGCUCUCAGGCGGUGGCCCUGGUGGAAGGCUUCCUCCUGAGCCAGGCAGAGGAGAAGAAGGAGCAGGUUGAGUUGCAGCCCUUCGCAAUGGAGAUCAGAGAUCCUGAGAGAAAGAGGCAUCCAUCAAAUCUCCCUGAAGAACUGUUUUUCAGGGGAAUCCCUCAGGGAGAUCCAUUUCAGGACACCCCAGGAGGGAAGAAUAGAAGGAAGUUGACUCUUCGUUUUGGGGGAGCAGAAACCAGGAUUGAACCUCCAACUCGGGAGAGUCUUGUGUCCUUUGAGGAGGUGGCUGUUGAUUUCCCGGAGGAGGAGUGGUCUCAGCUGGAUCCUCACCAAAGAGCUCUGCAUUGGGAAGUCAUGCUGGAGAAUUAUAAGAACGUGGUCUCUCUUGGUGAGAAUGACAAUAAAGACUCUGGAGAACCAAUCGAAGUCUUUAGACAAGGAGAAGUAAUGAAGAAACCUGCAAUUCAAAUAGAAUUCCAAAGGCAGGAGAGAAACCUGUCAAAUAACUGGAAUAAGGAAAGCUCAUCUUCAAUUGUUGGUCAGAUGCAGGAGUUUAUUGAUCAACGAGGAAAACUAAAGAAGAAAUAUAUUGGGAAAGGUGUAAGACUCUACGAAGACACAUUAGAUGUAAAUGGACCCUGUCCAUCACAAGCCAAAGAACCAGCCAAUAUAUGGAAAGAUGAAGGAAAAAAUUACAGUUGGAUAUCCACACUUUCUCAAGAAAAUGGAUCUCUUGAGUCACAGAAAAGUUUCCACAUGGGAGAGAACUCAAACAUAUGUAAUGAACAUGGAAACAAGAUUCUUAAUAAAAGGACAUGCAUAAGAGAGAAGCCAUAUAAAUGCAUGGAGUGUGGAAAGGGCUUUAGCCAAAAGAGUAUCCUUAUUACCCAUCAAAGUAUCCACACAGGGGAAAAGCCAUAUAAAUGCAUGGAGUGUGGAAAGGGCUUCAGAAUAAGCAGUAAUCUUACAUCCCAUCAAAGGAUCCACAGAGGGGAAAAGCCAUAUAAAUGCAUGGAAUGUGGAAAGGACUUCACCCAACGUGAUCAUCUUACUGCCCAUGGAAGGAUCCACACAGGGGAGAAGCCAUUUAAAUGCAUGGAGUGUGGAAAGGGCUUUAGCCAAAAGGGUAACCUUAUUACCCAUCAAAGGAUCCACACAGGAGAGAAGCCUUUUAAAUGCAUGGAGUGUGGAAAGGACUUCAGUACAAGCGGUUACCUUACAUGCCAUCAAAGGAUCCAUACAGGGGAGAAGCCCUAUAAAUGCAUGGACUGUGGAAAGGGCUUCAGAACAAGCAAUGAACUUGCAUCCCAUCAAAGGAUCCACACAGGGGAGAAGCCCUAUAAAUGCAUGGAAUGUGGAAAGGGCUUCAGUACAAGCAGUUACCUUACAUGCCAUCAAAGGAUCCACACAGGGGAGAAGUCAUAUAAAUGUAUGGAGUGUGGAAAGGACUUCAAAAGAAGCGAUGAACUUACAUCCCAUCAAAGGAUCCAUACAGGGGAGAAGCCCUAUAAAUGCAUGGAGUGUGGAAAGGGCUUUAGAACAAGCAGUUACCUUAUAUGCCAUCGAAGGAUCCACACAGGGGAGAAGCCCUAUAAAUGCAUGGAGUGUGGAAAGGACUUCAAAAGAAGCAAUGAACUUGCAUCCCAUCAAAGGAUCCACACAGGGGAGAAGCCCUAUAAAUGCAUAGAGUGUGGAAAGGACUUCAAAAGAAGCAAUGAACUUGCAUACCAUCAAAGGAUCCACACAGGGGAGAAGCCAUAUAAAUGCAUGGAGUGUGGAAAGGGCUUCAGUAGAAGCAGUUACCUUACAUACCAUCAAAGGAUCCAUACAGGGGAGAAGCCAUAUAAAUGCAUGGAGUGUGGAAAGAGCUUCAGCAAAAGCAGUAAACUUACACGCCAUCAAAGGAUCCAUACAAGCGAGAAGCCACAUAAAUGCAUGGAAUGUGGAAAGGGCUUCAGCAAGCCCCAUAGUCUUAUUUACCAUAGUAUGAUUCAUAGACUGGAGAAUCCCCAAAACAAAUAUACAUUUGAUGUGACGCGUGAUCACAGGCCAGGAGCCAAAGACAUCAAGGCCAACUGGUCAACAUUCCAACUCACACAAGACGAUUUGUAUUCUCCCUUUCCUUUGGAAAAUCAAGCUGAGCUUUGCAGGAGGUUAAAAAGGCAGCCAGAAAGUCUGGAGGAUCCAGAAGUGGAAAAGGACAGAGAAAGAACGGCAAUCCUUCCUUUAGCAAGUGGGAGAACUGGAAAAGGCCCUUCUGGUGCUGAGUCUGGAAUCCAUGGGGAGUUCUGGGCAAGAACUGGGCAGAAGAUGCUGAAAGAAGGAACCAUCAUUUCACAUGUUCAUGCCUGGAACUUCAGGAGCAUCCAAUAUCAGGAGGAUGAAGGUCCCCGAGGUCUUUGCAGCCAACUCCACUACUUUUGUAGUCGAUGGUUGAGACCAGAAAAGCACACAAAAGCACAGAUGCUGGACCUGGUGGUUCUGGAGCAGUUCCUGGCCCUUCUGCCCCUGCAGAUGGAGAGCUGGGUGCGGGAGUGUGGAGCAGAGACCAGCUCUCAGGCGGUGGCCCUGGUUGAAGGCUUCCUCCUGAGCCAGGCGGAGGAGAAGAAGGAGCAGGUUGAGUUGCAGCCCUUCGCAAUGGAGAUCAGAGAUCCUGAGAGAAAGAGGCAUCCGUCAAAUCUCCCUGAAGAACUGUUUUUCAGGGGAAUCCCUCAGGGAGAUCCAAUUCAGGACACCUCAGGAGGGAAGAAUAGAAGGAAGUUGACUCUUUGUUUUGGGGGAGCAGAAACCAGGAUUGAACCUCCAACUCGGGAGAGUCUUGUGUCCUUUGAGGAGGUGGCUGUUGAUUUCUCCGAGGAGGAGUGGUCUCAGCUGGAUCCUCACCAAAGAGCUCUGCAUUGGGAAGUCAUGCUGGAGAAUUAUAAGAACAUGGUCUCUCUUGGUGAGAAUGACAAUGACAAUAAAGACUCUGGAGAACCAAUCAAAGUCUUUAGACAAGGAGACGUAAUGAAGAAACCUGCAAUUCAAACAGAAUUCCAAAGGCAGGAGAGAAACCUGUCAAAUAACUGGAAUAAGGAAAGCUCAUCUUCAAUUGUUGCUCAGAUGCAGGACUUUAUUGAUCAACGAGGAAAAUUAAAGAAGAAAUAUAUUGGGAAAGGUGUAAGACUCUUCAGAGACACAUUAGAUGUAAAUGGACCCUGUCCAUCACAAGCCAAAGAACCAGCCAAUAUAUGGAAAGAUGAAGGAAAAAAUUACAGUUGGAUAUCCACACUUUCUCAAGAAAAUGGAUCUCUUGAGUCACAGAAAAGUUUCCACAUGGGAGAGAACUCAAACAUACGUAAUGAACAUGGAAACAAGAUUCUUAAUAAAAGGACAUGCAUAAGAGAGAAGCCAUAUAAAUGCAUGGAGUGUGGAAAGGGCUUUAGCCAAAAGAGUAUCCUUAUUACCCAUCAAAGUAUCCACACAGGGGAAAAGCCAUAUAAAUGCAUGGAGUGUGGAAAGGACUUCACCCAACGUGAUCAUCUUACUGCCCAUGGAAGGAUCCACACAGGGGAGAAGCCAUUUAAAUGCAUGGAGUGUGGAAAGGGCUUUAGCCAAAAGGGUAACCUUAUUACCCAUCAAAGGAUCCACACAGGGGAGAAGCCUUAUAAAUGCAUGGAGUGUGGAAAGGACUUCAGUACAAGCGGUUACCUUACAUGCCAUCAAAGGAUCCAUACAGGGGAGAAGCCCUAUAAAUGCAUGGAAUGUGGAAAGGGCUUCAGAACAAGCAAUGAACUUGCAUCCCAUCAAAGGAUCCACACAGGGGAGAAGCCUUAUAAAUGCAUGGAGUGUGGAAAGGGCUUCAGUACAAGCAGUUACCUUACAUGCCAUCAAAGGAUCCACACAGGGGAGAAGUCAUAUAAAUGCAUGGAGUGUGGAAAGGACUUCAAAAGAAGCGAUGAACUUACAUCCCAUCAAAGGAUCCAUACAGGGGAGAAGCCCUAUAAAUGCAUGGAGUGUGGAAAGGGCUUUAGAACAAGCAGUUACCUUAUAUGCCAUCGAAGGAUCCACACAGGGGAGAAGCCCUAUAAAUGCAUGGAGUGUGGAAAGGACUUCAAAAGAAGCAGUUACCUUACAUACCAUCGAAGGAUCCACACAGGGGAGAAGCCCUAUAAAUGCAUGGAGUGUGGAAAGGACUUCAAAAGAAACAAUGAACUUGCAUCCCAUCAAAGGAUCCACACAGGGGAGAAGCCAUAUAAAUGCAUGGAGUGUGGAAAGGACUUCAAAAGAAGCAAUGAACUUACAUCCCAUCAAAGGAUCCACACAGGGGAGAAGCCAUAUAAAUGCAUGGAGUGUGGAAAGGGCUUCAGUAGAAGCAGUUACCUUACAUGCCAUCAAAGGAUCCACACAGGGGAGAAGUCAUAUAAAUGCAUGGAGUGUGGAAAGAGGUUCAGCAAAAGCAGUAAACUUACACGCCAUCAAAGGAUCCAUACAAGCGAGAAGCCACAUAAAUGCAUGGAAUGUGGAAAGGGCUUCAGCAAGCCCCAUAGUCUUAUUUACCAUAGUAUGAUUCAUAGACUGGAGAAUCCCCAAAACAAAUAUACAUUUGAAGGAAUCUCUUCAAAACAUUGGAAUCUUCAGGUCUUGUGGUUGGAAUGUUUUUCUCUGUUUAUUUUGUAGAUCAUGAAUGAAUCCCAGUAUCAUUGCUCAGGCUGGUCCAGGUUCUUUCUUGCCCCCCAAAGGCAUUUUUGGGUCAUAGAGGUAAGCCAGAAGGGAUAAGACUUGUCACAAGCAGAACGAUCAUGUAGAAAGAAAAAGAAUUAUGCGUAGCAUGGGUGAAUAAAGGAGAUGCGUGGGAAGACAAGAUAGAAAGUGGAUAAGAGAAACAAGGAGAUUACAGAUAGUUCAUGGGAGGACUGUAAUUAAAUGAUCAUCAAAUAAAUUUAUAUCAGGGUUUCCUGCAGAAAUUAAAUCCAGAAAGCACGCACAGACUGAUUCAGCAGGAUUGAUUUAAAUAAGAAACUUCUUUAUAUACAAGAAUAUAUAUACAAUACCAACAGCAGAGUACAAUUUCUUUCAACGUAAUAGAAGUUACAGGCAGAGCACAAGGCAGGAGAGAACAGUUACUUUCAUUUCAGCAGAGCAGACAAGCAUGCACAGACUGCUUAGUUUCAGUUUCAGUUCUCUGCACAGAUGCAGAAGCUGCAGACUAAGACACGCCCUGGCUCCAGUCUGUCUCAGCUCCGAAUUGGCUGACUUAGUUGCUAUGCCUAUUCAUUGGCUCACCUUGUUACCAUGUCUCUGAAUCAUGCAUACAUCACUAUCAAAGAUGAAUUUUUCCUAGAAUCAUAAGGCCUGUUCUGUCCUCAUUCAACAUUACUCUGUGUGCAGCUUGACAUGCACCCACCUCUCCUCCAAUAAAACAGACCGUCUGCAUAGAUCUGGAUGCUUUAUUAAAGGAACAGGUUGGGUGAAACUGGAAAAAUAGAAAUACAGGUAUUCCUCAAGGUACGAACCUAAUGGAUCAAAAAAUGUGUCAAAUGAAUCACAUUCAAUUUUACAAAUUUUUACAAUCAAAUUCAUUAAUUGAAUCAAAUGGCUUGUUAAAUGAAUGAAGAUCUGACCUACUUCCUGGGGGCUGCUGAUCAGUUAUUUUCACUGCUGAUCAGCUGAUUCCGGUGCAGUUGAAGGAGGAACUAAAUUGCCUCCAAGCUGGCUCACAGAGCUCUCCGUUUGCAGUUUUAAAAAAAUCCACUUGCUGCUCAUCAGCUCAAGCAUCUUCAGACAGCUGCCCAGAUGGGGUUUGGUGGUAAUUUACAGUACUCUCAGAUUGCAGUUACUUUAAACAAAAAAAACAACAA